AUGAAAUCUAAAUUAUCUAAUUUUAUUGCUCUUGACCUUGGUAGUAGCAAAAUCGCCACUAUUGCCGCAUAUAUUGAUAAAAGAGAAGCAGUAAAAGUAGUAAGUCAAAAUUUAUACCACUCCAAAGGAAUUAGAGCUGGAGUUAUAUUAGAUAUAAAAGGUGCAGAAAAUAGCAUCAUUGGGGCUAUUUAUGAAUUAGAAAAAGAUUGUGGUAAGAAUAUUAAAGAAAUCACCGUAUCCUUAACAGGGUAUGGAACUAAAUCGUAUUAUAUAAGUAGUAAAAUAAAGCUCUCGCAUAACCAACCAAUUUUAGAGCAAGAUAUAAAAAAGUUGGUUAAAAAAGCACUGUUUGAGUUAAAGCUUAAAGACCAGGAAGUAAUAGAUUAUUUUCCCUUAGGGUUUGAGCUGGAUAAUAAUGCUAUUGAAGAACCAAUUGGCAUGUAUGGUAAAGAAUUAGGAUGUGAAUUACAUAUUAUUACUGCAAGCUCUAAUAUGCUUAUAAAUCUUACUAAUUGUUUUGCCAAAUGUCACGUUGAAAUCAAUAAUAUAGUGUUAGCAGUUUAUGCCUCAGGCUUAGCAUGCCUUACUAAAGAUGAAAAAGAGCUGGGGUCUAUUGUAAUCGAUAUGGGGGCAAGAACUACUUCGCUAGGCAUCUUUAUGUCUGGUAAAUUAAUAUAUACCGGUUAUAUAAAUAUUGGCAGUUUUCAUAUUACUUCUGAUAUAGCCAAAGUGUUUUCCCUAAACCUUAACGUAGCAGAAAAACUCAAAGUUUUAUAUGGUAAUGCCAUACCAUCUGCUUUUGAUAAAGAUAAUAUUAUUCGCUUAGAAGAUAAUGGGAUAGAUUUAACAGAUAAUGAUGGGUCAACAAUUACUUCAAAACACCUUACCGAAGUAAUAAACCCAAGGGUAGAAGAAAUAUUACAUAUGAUUCAAGCGGAAUAUGAAAAGAUUAUUGCCAAUAACAUGUUAGCUUACCGUAUCGUUAUAACCGGAGGAGGGGCAAUGUUACGCGGAGUCAAGGAGUUGGCAAGUAAAAUUUUUGAAAGGCAAGUAAGAAUCGGUAAGCCAGAAAUUCUAGAGGGCUUUGCUGAAGAUUAUAACCCUUAUACCUAUUCGGCUGCAAUAGGUAUGGUCAAAAAUCAAUUCUUAAAAACGCAAAAAAACUCUUUUAAGAUAGGUGAUAACACUAAUUUAAGUUGGUAUAAAAAACUGUUAAUUUGGCUUAAAGAAAAUGUCUAA